AUGGCAAACAUCAUGAAAAAGCUCAAGCGGAGACGCAGGCUCUCAUCUGAGCUGCAUGAUCGCUGGGGCGACCCGUCCAUCAGCUACCCCAUAAACGGAUCUUGGAACCAGUGGAAUCAGUCAUCAGAAUGUGCCACAACGCUAGAUGAUGCACAGAAUCUUCAAUCUGAUGGGGCACAUCGCUAUAUUCCUAUGAGCCCAGAGCAAUCUCAGCAACCAGAUGAUUCGGUUCUGAUUGACCCUAAUAGACAUAACUUCUCUCCUCAAUUCCCAAAGGGCUACUUUGAUGAAAACAUCCGGCAUCGUCCCGGAAAACUCCAAAACCUGCCCGGAAAUGACCUUGCUAUCAAUCUACCCCGACACGAUCUACACGAUGACUAUGAAACUUCGACCGUCGAAGGGUCUUGCGACGAAGAAAAUGAAGAACGCGAUACGUUGAGAAACCCCGGAAAAUUAAACCAUCGUGGCGAAAUGUUAAAUUAUUCACCGGGAGAAGACUAUAAUCCCUAUCCCCAGCCAGCAAAGUCCCCACCGCUAUCUGUAACCUCGCGUAUGCGUCGUGUCAGUAUACAAAGCGCGACGACAGAUAAAUCAGGAUCUCUCGUCGGAGCCAGCUCAAGACGUACGAGCUAUACCGCCCCUUCGUCUGUCUCCGCUCCUUCACUGCCUCCUGACACGCCACGAUAUGUGUUUAAUUCCAUGCAUCCUUCACACGCAGAGAAACGAUCUACUCGCUCGCGACACCGGGAACCUGAACCUCAAAUCCAUGUACAAUUACGAGAAGAGAUGGUGCCGUCCUAUGAUGAUUUGUUUGGUUGA